AUGCGACUAAGCAAGUCGCGUGCCCAACAGCCUGCCACCAAGGGCUUCGGGCGAGUCUUCCGUAGUCCAAAAAAGCGACGCGACAGUCGUAAAACCUCAACACAGGUCACGUAUCUCGGACAAGCAGAUAAACUUCGUCGCACGCAGGAAGUUCUGGCCAGACUUCUGGCAGACCCUGGGGAGGAGGAAGACGAUGAAGGGGGAGAUGACUGUGAGGGAAGCAUGGAGGUUCCAGGAGAUCUGGGCAAUUCAGGGUCGGGCUUCGCUUGGGGGGAAGGGGACGGGGACGGGGACGGGGAUGACUUCUCCAUGCCAGAUAAUGGGAUGGAUGUGGACUUGUGUCCUAGCACCCCUCAAAAAUCCGAUCCGAUACCACCAAAGACGCCCAUUCCUGCAAAAGUACGACACACUGGCCCAGAUGCAGAGGCCAACCUCCUUUACCAGCAGUGGCAGGCUCUCAUUCCCCGCCUCGUGUCCCUGUUCCUUUCCUUCAUCUCAGCUACCCAUGGAAAAAAGACCUUUCCCCUCGAUGGGGUUCAUUCAACAUGUCUCAAAGGGGACGUAUGCGUCGUGAAAUCCAGAAAAGUCCUUUGUCUUUUUUUUGAUCAUUUUGACACUUUUGAGGUCACUAGUUGCGAAUGUCAGGACAUUAUGGAAACCCUCAUCCUUCAUGGUCUCUUUCCGACAUUGCCCACCCAACCCCGGAUGGCUGUAUCCAUUAUUCUCAUACAACACUACAACGCUCUUUUUGAACGUGCAUGCGAUGCUGUAUACGCAUAUUCUCAUGCUGGGGAGAUCGUUCAGGAUGCCUUCCGUCGAGGCCUAGGUCAUGCCAUUCAGUGGUAUGACAGCCUGCAAGUUCAGAUUGAACAAGAACUCGAAGCAGUGACUGUGGCUGGUGACGCUGCCACUCCUUGCUCCUCAGAAACCAACCCGGAUACCAUCACCACCCCUGAGGCACCCAUACCCAAACAGUUGACCCCUGAUUACAGUCUAGCAGAACCUCCUCUGUCCCUUGUCGAGUUGACUCCUGAUGACAGCCCACCUGAACCUCCUGUGCCCCUUGUCGAGUGCGCGAGGGUUCUACAGCAAUGCUGUCCAGCUUGCUUUGGAUUGCGGACGUUUGGGUGUUCGGGAGCAAUAGGUGCUGAUUUCAUUGUCGCCACUGAUGGCAAUUUCAGCCAACACCACAGAAAAGAUGCGGGCGAUUGUCCUGAGUUCUACAGGCCAGAAUACUUUCUUACCAAGGCGUAUGUUGACAAUGUUGGAAAACGCAUCACGGAGGCGCGGGGCCAGCCUCCCCAAGCUUGCAAAGCUGCCAAAGUACCAGAUGAAGCAGUGGACGAAUGUGAAGAUGGGCAUGACUCCAGCAGUGGGUCGACCAUCAAAACGAAUAUGGAUCACUAUGACAAUGGAGGAGUGAUGGCUCUUGUUUGCCGCCAUGAUGCCCCCCUCUUCCUCGCCAACAUUGACACUCCUGGUGAGCAGCAAAAGUACGUGGUUUCCCUCAUAGAACAUCUGUUUUCCCUUCUGCCUCCAACAGCCACGGUGACCAUUCUCUAUGAUGUUGCGUGUGUUCUUGAUCGCAGCCUUAACUUGUUUGACAUACUUCCCGAAAGCCUCACCAGUUGUGCUGACUUUGGCACCAGUGCCAUGCAUGCCUAUGUUCAUCAGUGGUCGUGCCAACUCAUCUACAACCCACGUAUUCAAGAAGGACCUGGCCUUUCUGAUGGGGAGGGCAUGGAGCAUUUUUGGUCCCGUUUACGCAAAAUGAUCGGUGUGACUCAGGUUUCAGCACGACGACGACACAUCUGGAUGCUUGAUCGUCAAUCCCGUUCCAUAGGAGCUGAGCUAUGGGAUGACCUUGGUGAUUGGAUCCGGCGGAGACUCAAGACCAUCGCAACUGAAGAAAAUGAGGCGCGGAAGAUUUUGAGCAAAUGCGGUGUACCAGUGAAUGCCCCUGCCCAUCUCAAGAAGGAACUGGAUGCCGUGCUUAAGCUCCAAACCACCAUCGACACCACCGAUGACUGUUUGAAGGAGAAGGUUGAACAACUCUAUGCAUCGUUAAACAUUCAGGACUCAUUCCCUGAACUCGAGGAUAUCGACCUGGACUUUGUAAAACUCUUGGUGCUAGCACGCGAUCUCAAAAUAAACAUCUGCAAGCGGGCCAUUGGGAGUUUUUUUGAGUGGGAUCGGUUGGAUCAAGCCGCUGGGGGACGUCAACAUGCUAUCGGCACAAAGAUUCACCAAAACACGCGAAAUGCGAUUGCGAAACACAAGCCAGCUCUUCUCAGGGCUAUUCGAAAAUUCAACAACUACUGUGAACAACUAGCUGCAAUGUACCGACCUGAUUGGGAGCUGCCACUCCCAGAUGCUCUCCCUGUCAAACUCAAUGACUUGCGCAACAGCCCGUUGCUCAUGGAGGACAUUUGGAUCACUCGUACCGCGCUGGAGGUUCCACGUUGGCUUGAGGAAGUCGAGGUUCGGGUGGGAAUACGAGCAAUGUUAAAGCUCAAUCACUGCUUGGAGGAACACCGUCGAUUAGGCGUUGAGGCGGACAAUCUUUGCCACUGGUUUGGACAGGAGCUCCUCGCCCUUGAAACAGCCGUGUUGUCACCUUCCAGUGAGUCUUUCCCCUCCAACGAGAAUAAAAUUAUUAACCCUUGGUAG